AAGAAUCAUUUGCCCUUCCUCAAUCUUAUGUUUAGCUUCAUCAUGAUCAUGAUCAUGAUCAUGUGUUGUUGCUAUGUUACUCCACAACAACAUACUCUUAACAACUCUUUCAUUAGUUCCCCUCCACUGAGAUGCCUCCCUCACAUAAGCUCUGCUUUGUUGCAACUAAAGCAAGAGUUUGUCUUUGAUGAUCCAACUUCUUACUCGAAGAUGAAGUUUUGGAAGGAAGGUAAGGAUUUCUGUGAGUGGGAUGGUGUCACCUGCAGCACCAAAACAGGACAGCUUAUAGGCCUUGAUCUCAGUGAAAGUUUGCUUAUAGGGCCUUUGCGUUCCAAUAGCAGCCUCUUCACCUUAAGUCAACUUGAGCGACUCAACCUUGCCUACAACUACUUUAGCAAUUCUAAGAUUCCAUCAAGCUUUGGUCUGCUUUCGAGGUUAACCUUUCUCAACCUCUCUAACUCCUUUUCUUCUGGUCAGGUCCCAUAUGAAAUUGCUUUGUUGUCGAAUAUGAUUUCUCUUGAUCUCUCUGGUUUAUAUGAUGUUAGUCUUUCAUAUAGAACGACAAUAAAACUUGCCCAAAACAUGACCAAGCUAGAAGAACUUCACUUGGAUGGUGUGGAUCUUUCUUCACCCCUACCUAAAUCCAUUGCAAAUCUAUCCUCCUUGAUAUCUCUAUCUCUUAAACAUUGCAAUCUAUAUGGUGAAUUUCCAAAAAAUAUUUUUCAUCUACCAAAUAUUCAAGUUAUUGAUGUUUCAUUCAAUCAUUACAUUAGUGGUUUUCUUCCCAUUAAUUUUAGUUCUUGUAGUAAAUUAAAGUCAUUGAAUCUUUAUUCCAGUAGUUUCUUUGGAAUACUACCAUAUUCCAUUGGCAAUCUCAAGCUCUUAAGUAAAUUAGAUCUCUCUAGCUGUGCUUUUUCAGGGACCAUUCCAUCAACUUUAUUCACAAUGCCUAGUUUAAAAUAUCUAAAUCUUGGAGAGAAUCAAUUUACAGGCCCACUAACCAUUCCAUCUUCAGUUAAGAAUUUGUCAUGUCUCUCAUCUCUUCACCUGGAGUACAACAACUUUAAUGGUAAAAUUCCAUCAACUUUGUUUGAAAUCCCUAGUUUAGAAUAUCUAGGUCUUACAGAGAAUCAAUUUACAGGCCCACUAAUUAUUUCAUCUUCAGUUAAGAAUUUUUCAUGUCUCUCAUCUCUUGAUCUGAUUGCCAACAACAUUAAUGGUCAAAUUCCAUCAAUUUUGUUCGAAAUCCCUAGUUUAGAAUAUCUAUCUCUUGAACAUAAUCAGUUUGUGGGUCCUUUGACCAUCCCAAAUAUCUCAUUGUCAUCCCAAUUGACAAGUCUUUUGUUGGCUGGGAACAAGCUAAUAGAACAAAUUCCAAGCUCAAUUUUUGAAAUGAAAAAACUGGAAGAGCUCUUCCUCAAUGAAAAUUACUUUAGUGGUACAAUAGAGAUGCACAUGUUCUCAAAGUUGAGCCGUCUUCGAGCUCUUGAUCUUUCACAUAACAAUCUAUCUGUAGAGACAAACACAAAAACCAAUUCCACUCUAAUCUUCAAACUUAACUAUUUGCAUUUGGCUUCAUGCAACAUUACAGAAUUUCCAAAGUUUCUAAAAACCCAAAAUGAGCUUUCUUAUUUAGAUCUUUCCUGCAACAAAAUUAAAGGAAAGGUCCCCAAAUGGUUCUUCACCAUAGGAGCAGAGACCUUGGGUUCAUUGAAUAUGUCUACAAAUUUCAUCAUCGGUUGGGAAAAAGUACCGAAAGUGCUUCCGUGGAAAGUGUUGUGGACUCUCGAUUUAAGCCACAACAACUUAAGUGGGGAGAUUCCUCCAUGUUUGGGUUCCAUUAGGUUCCUUCAACACUUGGAAUUGUCUAACAACAAAUUUGAGGGCUCUAUUCCAUCAUCUCUUGGGAAUUUGACUCAGCUUUAUUAUUUGGAUCUCUCUAAAAAUAGGCUUUCUGGUAGAAUCCUUCAGCUGGGAAAUAACUCAAUGUUCUGCACUUUAAGCAAUCUUGAAGUUCUUGAUGUCUCAAAUAAUCAGCUAACUGGCUCUAUUCCACAAUGCUUGGGUAGCUUCAGCAAAGAUCUUCAAGUGUUGAACAUGAAAGAGAACAAUUUUAGUGGAGAGAUGCCUCAGAUAUUUGUGGAUGAAAACGGACUAAUGACACUAGACCUCAGUCAUAAUCAACUAGAAGGAAUGGUUCCACAAUCUUUAGCCAAAUGUAAUGAAUUACAAAUUCUUAAUCUCGGACACAAUCGACUGAUUGACACAUUCCCUUUUUGGUUACAAAAUUUGACAAAUUUGCAAGUUCUUGUACUGCGUUCCAACAAAUUUCAUGGUCCAAUAUGGGAUCCAAACAAGUAUAUGGGCUUUAAGAAACUGCAGAUUGUUGAUCUCUCUUUCAAUCAUUUCAAUGGAACAUUGUCAUCACAUUAUUUUACCAAUUGGAGUGCCAUUAAAACAGUCAAUACUAGUGUAGAUAAGUCAAUGUUGCGGUACAUCACGGGUGGGAAUGGGUACUACCAAGAGUCACUAACUGUGACAAAUAAAGGCUUCGAAAGGGAAAUGGUCAGGAUCUUAACUAUCUUCUCCUGCAUUGAUCUUUCAAACAAUAAUUUUCAUGGAGAAAUUUCAAAAUCUGUUGGGGAUCUUCGAUCAUUGAUUGUGUUGAAUCUAUCAAGUAACAACUUUGAAGGUCACAUUCCACUAUCUUUUGGAGAUCUUAAGCAACUUGAAUCAUUGGAUCUUUCUAACAACACACUCUCUGGAAGAAUCCCUCAAGAAUUGGCAACACUCACAUUUCUUGCUUAUCUCAACCUUAGCACGAACCAACUUAUGGGGCCGAUUCCACAAGGUGGACAAUUCAACACAUUUGAGAAUUCUUCAUUUUAUGGAAACGAAGACUUAUGUGGCCCUCCUUUAUCAAAGGAAUGUGAAAAUAAUGAUGAGAGGCCAAGUACGAGACUUGAUGAUCAUGAAUCUGAGUUUUGGAGUGGUUUUGGUUGGAAAGCAGUGGCUAUAGGAUAUGCAUGUGGCUUUCUUGUUGGAGUUUUGGGUGGAUAUCUCUUCAUCUCCAAAAAAUAAAGCACAGGAGGAGGAGUGAGUUAAUGAAGAAGAGAUCUUCACAUAGGAAUGAUUUGGUGAUAUUAUUAUAUGAAGGAAGUUCUAUUCUAUUUGGUCCAUUUUCUGUUUCUUUUGUUAUAAAUAUGCUUAAUUAAUUAAUUAAUGAGAAUUAGUGUCAAUGUUUGAAUAAAUAUUUAUCUCUCCUUUGUUAAUCUUUAUUUGAACUCAACAUUGUUAAUUCAAGAUCAAGACUGUUCAAUGAG